UCAAACAAAGACUGUUAAAAGCAGUUACCUGAUAUCUACAGUUUCAGAUUUUGUUCCUGAAAACAUCAGCAUCCUUGGAUUUUUAACAGCUGGAGUUUGAACUGGAUAAAGGAGAAAAUGACUGCAGCGAGUGAGUCGCUCUGCUGUACUCUGCUGCUUUUUGUCUGUGUGUUUGCAGAUGAGAAAAGCAUCACAGCUGAGUCUGGACAGAACGUCACUCUGCCAUGUCGAGCUUUAAACACCAUCAUAGGUGUAGAGUGGAGCAAACCUGAUCUAAAUGAAGAAUAUGUCCUUUUGCACCGGGAUGGGCACUUUGAUCCAGCCAGCCAGCAUCCAUCAUUCAAGAACCGGGUGGAUCUGCAGGACAGACAGAUGAAGGAUGGAGACGUGUCUUUGAUUCUGAAAGAUGUGACGACUAAUGACACUGGAACAUACGAGUGUCGCAUCAGGGAGUCAAAGAGCAGAGGUAUUCUCGAAGGUGGCCCCAGCAACAUCAUCUACCUUCAUGUUGUUCCUCCAGGUGAGUGA